AUGGAGAGAGAAGUUGACUCUGGAACAUCUGAUCGUCCAAUUUUGGACGGUAGGGAGGUGCAUGAUCGUGGGAAAACGCCUAUCUUGGGAAAGGGUUUUUCGAAUAAACCCUUGAAGAUUGAUGGUAAUUCUCGUCUCCCUCGUAGGGGUACUGUUCUGAAUGGGCAAUCGGAGCCGAGGGUAAUAAACGUAAUUGAUGAGUUGAUGAAGGUUACGGAACCUGUUAUGUUUGAGAACAUGCAAUCUGGUCAGAAUCAUGGGAAGCCGAAUAAUGAGGAAAGUAGCGAUCAGGUAACAGGUAACGUGAUGAAGCCGGAUAUGAUGAAAUCAGGUUGUGAGGGUUCGAGUUCGGGAACUAAAGGGGAUUCUAGUAUGCCGAAACCCAAAACUUAUGCUGAUUCGUUGAUAGCAAACAACCCUGUUAAACUGAAAUUUCGUACUCUAGCUAGUGAUACCAUGCAUGAGGGCUGUGAUGUUGUGCUCCCGAGGGAGUCUGUGCGUAUGGUCCAAGAUAAGAUGGCGAACACCUUGUUUGGAUACUUCCUUGGGGAUCGUGUGGCGUACCCGGUAGUUGAUUAUUUUGUUCGAAAUAAUUGGAAAAAGUAUGGCAUUAUGAAGUCUAUGAUGAACGCUAAUGGAUAUUUUUUCUUCAAAUUUGCGGAGGAGGCAGGUAUGAUGCGGGUAUUGGAGGAUGGUCCGUGGAUUAUCCGUUCUCAACCACUUUUUCUUAAUAUUUGGAGCCCAACGACUAAACUAGAGAAAAAAGAGGUUAAGAAAGUUCAAAUUUGGGUUAAAAUUCAUGAUGUUCCGAUUGCUGCAUAUACGGAGGAUGGUCUUAGCAUGUUAGCAACGACAAUAGGGGAACCGAAACUUUUGGAUUCUUAUACCACGUCGAUGUGCAUGGAUAUGUGGGGACGGAGUAGUUAUGCAAGAGCUUUAAUUGAGGUGUCGGCCGAGAAGAAUCUUAGAGAAGAAAUAACAAUGGCAAUCCCGGUUCUGGAGGGGGAUGGGUUUAUUAAAGAAUCUAUGUCUGUUGAAUAUGAAUGGUACCCUCUUCGUUGUGCUCAUUGUUGUGUUUUUUGUCAUUCGGACGAUAAUUGCCCACAUCAAGUGAAACAAACUAAUGCUCGUAUCAGGGAGACGGGUAGUAAGCAGCAAAAUCAUUCUAACCGGUCGAAUAAAAGUCCGGUUGUUGAUGAGGAAGGGUAUACGGGGGUGCAUAGUAAAAAGAUAGCUAGAAAAUCUGGUUUCCCGGUAAAUAAGCCUAAGCAAAAGUUCGAGUAUAGACCUGUGGUGUCUAAAAAGAAAGAAGAGCCGGUUAAAGCUUCGCCAAACUUUCAGUCUUCUAAUCCUUUUGAUGCUCUUAAUGAUCCGAGUGCUAAUGAGGAACCGGAUGGGGGUAGGCCAGAUUCGGCCCAAGUAAAUCUGGAUGAUGAUGAGCUUGUUGAUGAUUUUUACGAAGCGGAUGGCUAUGAAAUGGAUGAUUUUUUGAGGCAAGGAACUAUUAAAACUAAAAAAGGGGCAAGCACUCCUUCUUCAUCGGUGCUCAAUGAAUCUCAUGUGGAGGUGAGUAAUCUGCCUAAAGUGUGUAAGGCUGUUUUUCGGUGGUGGAACUGGACGUCGAAUGGGGGCCAUUGUGUGAAAGGAACGCGUAUUAUUGUUGGUUGGAAUCCGGCUAUUCUUGAUGUUAUGGUGCUUUCGGAGACUGAUCAGCUUUCUUUGCAUAAGAAUUUUGUUUGUAAUGAACCUUGGGUCAUCCUAGGUGAUUUUAAUUCGGCGUUGAACCUUGAGGAUAAAUCUAUGGGUUGUUCCUCGGUGUCCCUGAGCAUGAAAGAGUUUCAAGAGUGUGUGGAUGAAAUUGAGAUGGUAGAUAUAAAAUGCACUGGUAUCCAUUUCACGUGGAAUCAGAAACCAAAAAAAGGGAUUGGGUUAAUGAAAAAGAUAGACAGAGUUAUGGGAAAUCCUCAUUUUAUAGAAAAGUAUCCGAGUACUUUUGCAGAAUUUCAUCCUUCUCGGUUAUCGGAUCACUGCUCGUGUGUGGUUAGCGUCCCGGAUAUGGAAAAAAGAAAACACCGGCCUUUUAAAUUUGCUAAUUUUCUGGCGUAUAAACCUGAUUUUUUGCCGAUUGUGGAGAAGGGGUGGGGUAUUUCCAUUGAUGGAGUGUAUCAAUUUUCGGUUGUUAAAAAACUUCGUCUAUUGAAAUCUCCGUUACGUGCGCUGCUUUAUCACCAAGGAAACUUGCAUAAAAAAGUUGAAGAGCUUAGAGUUAAGCUUGACCGUAUUCAGUGUGAUAUGGAUAAAGAUCCGUCUAGUCUUACGCUGCGAGAUGAGGAAGCUACUACUAGAAGUGAUUUUCAAACCGCGUUGUUAGACGAAGAGAGGUUUUUGAAGCAAAAGUCUAAAGUGGAUUGGUUAGCGGCCGGGGAUAUGAAUACGGCCUUCUUCCACUCGACGCUCAAGAAUAGAGUUCACUAUAGCCGUAUUGAGGUGAUUCGUGAUGUUCGAGGGAAUGUUUAUACGGAUGAGAUGGUUUCGGGAGCUUUUGUUGAUCACUAUGAGCACUUUUUAGGCUGCCCGGGUAAUCCGGCUAUUAGUCCGACUCCUGAUUUGUUUUCUAAAAAGUUAGAGAGGGAUGUUGCUCGCCAUAUGGUCCGUCCGGUUACUCCUGAUGAGGUUAAAAGGGCAAUGUUCUCCAUGGGUUCGGAUAAAGCUCCUGGUCCUGACGGGUUUACAGCGGGUUUUUUUAAGAAUGCAUGGCCUAUUGUUGGUGAUGAGGUAUCAAAAGCUGUUAUAGAUUUCUUUGCUACAGGGAAACUUCUAAGGGAAUUAAACCACACGCUUAUUGUUCUUAUUCCCAAGACCCCCUCGCCAUCUGUGGUUACGGACUAUCGUCCGAUUGCUUGCUGUAAUGUGCUAUACAAGUGUAUUAGCAAGAUUGUUGCUGACAGGAUCAAAGGAGUGCUUAAUGACAUUGUUAGUGUCAACCAGUCGGCUUUCGUUCCAGGUAGAAAAAUCUCCGAUAACAUUCUGUUAACUCAAGAGUUGAUGCAUAAUUAUCAUAGAAACAUCGGCCCCCCUAAAUGUGCGUUUAAAGUGGACAUCCAGAAAGCUUACGAUACUGUUGAUUGGGCGUUUCUAAAGAACAUUUUGGUGGGUUUUGGGUUUCAUAGCAGCAUGGUUCAUUGGAUCAUGGUUUGUGUUUCCACGACCACGUUUUCGGUUUGUAUUAAUGGUGAUGUUCAUGGUUUUUUCAAGGGCAAGAGGGGGUUGCGUCAGGGAGAUCCUAUCUCUCCGUAUCUUUUUACCCUUGUGAUGGAGAUCCUCACGGCUAUUCUUCAGCAGACGGUAAGGAUAGACUCUUCGUUUAAGUUCCAUAACAAGUGCGAACGUCAGCAGAUUAUAAAUCUGUGUUUUGCGGAUGACUUGUUUAUUUUCGCUAGGGGCGAGAUUGUGUCGGCUAGAUGUAUUAUGAAAGCGCUCAAUUCUUUUUCUAAGAUGUCGGGUUUGGCGCCUAAUGUCCAGAAAAGUACAGUUUUUUUCUCUAACGUUCCAUCGUUUGUUAAAACUGCUACUCUGAAUAUAAUGUCGUUUAUUGAGGGGUCGUUGCCAGUGAGAUACUUGGGAGUUCCUCUUAUAUCGUCUAAGUUAUUGUACAAAGACUGCCAGGUGUUGGUGGAGAAGCUUGAAAAACGUAUUAUGCAUUGGAGGAAUAAAUUUCUUUCGUUUGCAGGUAGACUACAACUUAUUACCUCGGUAUUGUCUUCUCUGCAUGUUUACUGGUCUUCAGUGUUUAUCCUGCCUGCUCGAGUCGUCUCUAGCCUGGAAGCUUUGAUGCGUAAUUUUCUAUGGUCUCAUGACAGUUCGUUCCAGAGGGGCAGGGCAAAGGUUUCUUGGAAAACUGUUUGUGUUCCUAAGUAUGAGGGUGGGUUGGGGAUUCGGCGUAUUGGUGAUGUUAGUAAGGCCCUUAUUUCUGCGCACAUAUGGAGCAUUUUAUCUAAACGUGAAUCUUUAUGGGUUGAUUGGGUUCAUUCGUACAGGUUACGAGGUAAAAGUUUCUGGGCUUGUAAUACCCCUUCUUCUUGUUGCUGGUCGUGGAGGAAAAUUAUUCAGCUUCGGCCGAAAAUGAGGAGUUUUGUUUGGGCUGAGAUUGGGAAUGGUUUAUCGACUUCAGCUUGGUUCGACUCGUGGAGCAAUAUAGGUCCGUUGUUUCAAUUUUUUACACCGAGACAAAUUGCAAAUGCAGGUUUCAGUUUGGAUGCCAAGGUGGCUGAUUUAUGGUUAGAGUCUUCGUGGGGUUGGCCGAUUGAGUGGAGACACCGUCUCCCGGCUCUUAAUCAGAUUGAUACUCGAUCUAUUCAGCCGGCUAAGGAAGACAAGUUUUUUUGGCGUCAAGGGGAUCACCUUCACGAGUUUUCAACGGCUCGGGCUUGGGAUUCUUUUAGACAUCGAGAGGUGGAGGUUUGGCACAAAGUCAGACAUAAAGCGGGUAUGGAGUCGGUUGCUUCUAAGUGGGAUGAAAUUGUUAAUUGGCUUGUAACUCGGUCCAGGUCGAAAUCAGCUGGAAGCUAUGUUGCAAGAUUAUUAGUAGCGGCCACUGCUUAUCUCAUUUGGCAGGAGCGUAAUGCGAGAUUAUUCAAGAAUGAGUUGAGACCUCCAGAAGCUAUUAUUGAUCUUAUUUUCCAACAGGUCCGAUAUAAAUUGAUGGGAGCGAAGCUAAAGAACUGUGAAAAUGUCCGAAGGCUUCUUGGCGAAUGGGGAAUCAUUGGAGUUAACCUUCGAGAAGAUGGUGGCUGA